GUGGGAGGAUUGCGUGGGUUAGUUGCGUGGCCAUAAAAUACUGUGUCAAUUUGCUUUCUUGUUUAAAGUUAUCCAAAUGAAUUGCUAGUAAAUUAAAUGGACACUAAUUAAUAAUUUCGUAGAGCAAUUAAAAUUGCCUUAUCCUAUAAAUAUUUUAUUCUUUUCAUCGUCUGUGCGAGAAUCGCGUUUAUAAGCCCUGCAAUCUGCAACUAUUGCGAUUUGUUGUCAUUUUUAAUGACAUUGACAUAUUGACAAAAUCAAACGAAAAAAAUCGCGACCAAUGUAAAGUAUUGUUGUGUUGUAAAUAAUCAAAACAAACAAGUAUAUCCAAGUGUCUAUAAUAUUGUAUUUAUUUUAUUAGCAGUUUACCGUAUUUGAAUAUAAUUUGUGUGGAUAUUGUUUGUGAAUUUAUUGAGUAAUGCCAGUGGGUCGGAAACGUUGGAACCUACAUGAUGGACCACAAGGAUCUUUGAGAAGACUAAGGAACCAACUUGCUGAAGAUGGUUGCGCUGAGUCACAGGUUGUCCUUGCUAAACAACUUUUGGAAGAAAAAUGUGAGUUAGAAGCAGACAAAAUAUCUAACUUCAAACAAGCUCUGGAAUGGCUGAUCUGUGCCACUGAGCAAGCGCACCCUGAAGCAAGGAGAAUGCUGAGGCGGUGUAUUCGGAGUGGUGUGAUAGACGAGGACAGCGCAGCUAUAGUUCGUGCGAAGUCUUGCCUGGCAGCCAGUCGCCAGGAGACGGUUGCGAGGAAAGCUGCCAGAGACCUCUUCGCCAGCCUGUCGAACGGCGAGCAAUACAUAACUACGGCUCAAUUGGAGCGCCGUAUACGCGAGAUAUGUAACACUACGCUCCGGAAGGAACCAGAAGAUAGUGAUUCGCCCGAUGAUGACACACCAGAAGAAGCGCGGGCUUUGGAUGACGGGCAAGCCUUGCAGCCGUCGAACUUGCAGGCAGGCGACCAAAUACACAGCAAUGGAACUAUGCGAACCGCUGACCCGCCCGAACAAGAGUACCCAGAAAGAUGUGUGCCCAGUGAAGAGAUACGGAACCUAACUGUCGAUAACUUAGUAUCGGCCGCCGUCGACUACUGCCAAGGAGAACUACCCUUAGUCACCUAUGAACUGACUCUAACCGACCCUAGUAUUAAGGCUUUAGACCACAUACCGAUGCUACACCAGGCGUUCUUACACCCCAUCGUCUUUUUACAAGUCUUGUAUCUCAAGUUACUGUAUUAUUUCGGAAGCUUUAACUUUAGGCUGUCAAAUGUCGAGCUAUCUUUGCUCCUCAUAGCGUAUCUAUCCGUCAGCUCGGAUAGUCUCUAUCAUUUAGUUCCACUAGCGAUGUACUACGCGAGUUUUGUCGCAAUGGUCAUCUGUACAUUCAAAAUGUUACACGCUAAAAGGCAAUUCAUCGACUUUAGAAAGUGGUCGGGACUGUUCCUCAGGUAUAGCGACGGUAAUCUGCAACCAGACGAGUCGGAAAAUCUGUUCGUUCGAAACAAUCUUGGUCCCUUUGUUCAGUUCUUUUCUGCAUUAUUUAUUAAUCUAUUUUUAUAUCCCUUUAUAGCGACUCAAUGGGUACCCUUUUCCGAAUUCUGUGUCUUGUCAUUUUUCCUAAUGUUCCUUACGUUGAUAUCGUUUGGAACUUCUAUUCAAGGCGGCAGUCCGUAUCCAGAUCUGCUCGCCUUCCUAUCAUUCGGUAUCAAUGUAUUAGCAAAGUAUCCGUACGAAAAAGACACCGUUGUUCACCAAGGCUGGAGGUUUCUCGACUUGCAGGUAUCGAAUUACCCGUCUUAUAUAUUGGGUAAUAGCGUCGAGUUUUGCUUGAACUCUCGGGUGUUUUUUUCUUUGUUGAUCCCUGUUAUUUUGGUGGGUAUGGCUAGAAGGAGUGGUUGGCAGGGUUUCUUUAAGUAUGCGUUGCCCCAUUGUGUGACGUUGAGUUGGUUGCAGAUGUUUAUAACCUGUUCUCACGGGUGUACUACGUAUGGGUUGAUACGUGGCACGCUCGCAUUGGUGUGUUCGUUUCUGUUCUUGCCUCUAAUGGGUGUAGUGACGGUGACGCUACCAAUAUUUGCGUUCCUUCAAUACAUUACGAUGUCUCGCGUCCUAUACACGGUCUCUGUCGCGGUCGGUUUGGGGCUAAGUCUUGGGUUUACUUGCCUUCUAGCUAAAUCUGAAACUACUAAGAAGUUCGUUACUCCUUUCCAGCUCAUAAUUGGCGUCAUAACUCUAGUCUACUUAGGCAACCAGUUCGUAAUGAACAUACAAGAUGAUGGGUUACCGUCUAGCCUCAUAGAAUUAAUAGGCGACGAGAAAUCGAGCAUCAAGAACUUACUCAAAAACGAAUUUAUCACUGACUAUGAGGAUAACACGUACCAUAUCAACUGGGACGACUAUUACAACCAAUGUAACAUCCCAUCUUGGUCGGAUUAUAAUACGGCAGCCACGCAAAUCAAAUGCUCUAUACUAGAUGGUGCCAACGUAAACUGGGAGGGUUAUGUCAAAGACGUCCAACUCAAGAACGUUAGAAAUCGAUGGCGAGAUGUCGUCGCCUGGUUGCCUGGCUUCCUGCAAGAAUACUUUAGGUGCUACUACGGAGAGGAAUAUUCGACUUUAUGUCAAGGGGAGGAGAGUUUGCAAUCGGCUAAUGAAUGCGAGUUUGUUAGGAGCGUCGCGCGCCAAAGCGGGAAGAGUUGCCAUUUAAAUAAUUUAAAUGAAUACACAUAUGAAAUAAAACUAGUGAUGGAGGCGAGCGGUGGUAUCCUGAAGCGUCAUACAGAAAUAUCCAUAGUCUUCGAUCAUUGCUUCAGUAAUUUCACAAGAAUGCUACGCGCUGACGACAAGAUCAGAUUCAAAGGCGUACUGUCAAACGAUAAUACACCUUAUAAUAUUGGCACUACGGACAUAAAUAUAAAAGGAUAUGAAAUCAAUUGUCUAGAAUGUAAAGAAGCCCGGGGCACAGUUCGCGCGAAGGCUCCGUCUGUAUCAAAAUUCUCAGAGCUGUUUAAAACUAUAGCUAACGAUUGUGUCGUGUCUACAAAGUAUAUUUUAAACUUUUUGUUAAAUCCAGUCAUUGUUUUUAAAUAAAUGAUUUAUCUAUGUUUUCUAUGCUUUUAAGUUUUUUUUUCUGUUCAGUAUACUACUAUGAUCAGUUUAUCGGCAGUAGAAACUAAAAAUUAAAUAUACUCAAGCGUCCGUCACUUUAAAGUUGUUUAUCCUACGCUCUUUUAUAUAUACUGCUGGUGUUUUUUUUUAAAUAAAAUACUCGUACGGUGAUCAGGAAAACUGACGAAGAGGUUUUAAUUAAAUUAGACUGUAGGAUAAACGAGAUGACUUUAUGAUUGAGUAACUGGUAUAUGGAGCCAUUAGCGUUGUUUUUUUCAUUUUAUCGAACCCUACAUAACUGAAAAAGGGUUUUCAACAAAAUGCUCUCAUUCUAUAGGUAACUGAAUUGCCUUUUAUACGACAUACGUUAUCAAUUAAUAAAAUACUUCUAUCACAAAAUAAUUAAGAAAUGAAAAAGAAAUACCGCUAGUGGUUCCGUUUUUUGCUUCCAAGUGUAUAAUACGGUAAAACAAGGUGAAUAGAAUUCGAGAGGUGAAUAGAUAUAGAAGAGGGGUGAAUAAAUAUUAGAACAUUUUCUCAGUAUUUUUUCAUCCGUCUUCUGUAUCAGUCUGUAUCUAUUCCUGUAUCUAUACCCCAUUCCUGUAUCUAUUCACCCGUCGAGUUCUAUUCACCCAUUACCCCACCAUUGUUUUACGGUACAUAAAAUUACGGCGGAAAAUUAUUAUUAUUCUUCUGUGUUAAAGUUUUUAGACGAUCACGUUUGUUGCGUUAUAUGUCUAUAUAAUAGUGUUCUGAUGCUAAUCGUUGAGUGCCAUUGCAUAAAAAUCGAGGAGAAAAAUAAGUUAAUAGACUUCGAAAUGACAAUUUUUACUGCACCUAUUAAAUCAUUGUUGAAUUGAAUCAAAUUGUUCAUUCUUUUUCAUAUUUUACUUUUAAAAGCAGGGUAGGUAAAUGAAUUCAAUACCUAAUCAAAAUCAACUAUUACUGAAAUGAUGAUUACAAUAUUUUAUUCUUGUUUGUUCAUAGUUUGAACUACGUAUUUCGAGUCAAUCCGAUUGUUUUCGAGCUCGACCGAACGAAUACGGAGUUGAAACUAUUAACGGUAUAUGUUUAUCUCACGAAUGUUAUAGGAAGGUGUUAGUUUUUAAUUUUUUAGAUAUGUAUAUGCAUUUAAAAAUAUUUUAUGAACUCGUUUUAUUGAUAGGAAAUGAAAUGUACCUAUUGUUAUAUUAAUUAAAGUAUUAUCGAGAUUUUAAUGUAAAGAAAUUACUAUAUUUGUGUAUAGACGUGGUAGAUGAUGUGAUGUGUGACAAUAGAGCAUAUAUUUGGAAUGUCAGUGUUUUAAUAAAAAAAAAUCUAA